CUGUGGAAAAUAUGUUUUGAAGUCAAACUGCAGAAAAGCAGCGGUGAAGUCGAGCUUUGGGAGUGUGGUGGAGCGGACAUUCAACCGAGGAGGCGCUGUGGGUACUUCAAAAGUGACCUCCCUAAUUUCAUCAACUGAUGUGAGCACUUCUGAUUUUAUUGCCGUGACGCCACAGCUAACGUCGAUCAGGAAGGCAUCCUUCGUUUUUGCCCGACCCUUCGGUCCAGUGACAAUCCUCGACAGCCAUGUCGUCUGAUGCUGAAUUACAUGAUGCCAAAGUCCUCCAUCAAAAGGUGUAGCAGCUAACGCUCGAGUGCUCAUGACGUUAAAAGCACCCCAAAUCCUAGAACUUGUCGAUGAUGUAAUGGUUUAGUCCCACAACUUGCGAAAGCUCAAAGCUCACUUAUCAGUUCUAGAACUUGUCUUGGAUGUGCAUGUUUAGUCCCGAGCCAAUCACAUGCAACCAAGUGGAGCCAGCUGGACCGAGCCGCUCGGCAUUGGAGUUUUUACAGAUAUCCCCCAGUUUUUACAGAUACCCCCCUAUCAUUUAUCGAUGUCAAUCCGCAAGACAACCACCUAGAUUAGUUUUGUAUUUAUUUUCUGUUCGAAUCCGGUUGGCUCCUCCUCACCCCUCCCCCUACUUACUUUUCUGCUCGCAGCUCUCCUCCUCGCCGCGUCGUCCAGCUCACGACCACCAUCUAGCUCGCCGACAUGGUUUCCUGGAUUGAUGAAUCCAACUACUCGUCGGACGGUGACUCCGUUACCAGCCAACCUCCUGCCACCAUUUUCUGCUCAGAAUGGAGAGGCCUUGCUGCAGAUCUUGCUGCUAGGAGUGAACACCAAGCCAUCUGUGAGAAGUUUGUGGCCCUUGAUUCAGUGGAUAGUGGAAGGAGAUUCCUGGCUUGUGCACAAAAGGAAGGACCUAAAUGCAGCUAUGUGCAGUGGGUUGACCCAGAGUGGGCCGCCCCCCUUAAGACGAGUCUAGUUAGGAUCCGUGGUAUGUAUGAUGAUGAGAACAAGCUUAUGCUCAGGGGAAAUGUAGCUAAUGCUGAAGAAAACAUUCAAAUUCUAAGAAAAGGAUGGAAAAUGAGCUUAGAUUUUUUAAACUAGAUUUUGCAAAGAUGGUAGCUGACAAGGAGCAGUUAAUUUCCUAAUUGGGCAAUACACAGCUUGCUUUGUCUAACCUAAACCAAGAUCUUGAGAAGAAGAUGUCUGGCAAAUCUGCCACUAGCAUUCAUUAGAUGGUGAGGGCUAAGGCAGAGAAGGGGAGAGACCAACUAAUGCAAGAUAGAGACAAAUUGAUGGAAGAGAGGGACAAUUUGGUGUUGCAGACGGAUGAGUUGAAGAAAGAGAAAAAGAAGUUAGAGUACAUGAUUGGGGAUUUA